AUGGAUUAUACAAAAAACUUAUAAAAAGUAGUAUUAGUUGGUGAAGGUAGAGUUGGCAAAACAUCAAUAGCUUUAAGAUAUUGUAAAAAUGAAUAUACAGAUUAAUAAGAUACAACAAUAAAUGCCUCAUAUUUAGAAAAAUAAAUAGUUUUACCUGAUGAUGAAAUAAUAAAUAUAGCAAUAUGGGAUACUGCUGGUUAAGAAAAAUUCAGGGCAAUUGCAUCUAUGUAUUAUAAUGACGCAGAAUGUGCAAUUAUUGUUUAUGAUAUUUCGUACAAAGAAUCAUUUGAUAAAGUUGAUUUUUUAUUUAAAAUAAAAAAGAUUAUUUUAAUAAAAUUCUAAAAUUAGGUCAAGUCAUGGGUUAAAGAAUUGUAAGAAUAUGCAAAUGAUAAAAUUAUAAUAUGUAUAGCAGGUAAUAAAUCUGAUUUAGAAGGAAUUAGAUAAAUUGAUAAAAAAUAAGCUGAAGAAUUUGCAAAAAGUAUUGGUGGAUACCAUUUUUCAGUUUCAGCAAAAGCUAAUAUAGGAAUAAAAGAAAUGUUUUAAUAUAUAGGAUAUGGUAUUUAUUUAAUAUUUUAAUUUUGUUUUCAUUUGUUUAUUGUUUAUUAAGUUUAGUAUAAAUUUAAUUUUUUUUAUUUAAGCAAAUUUUUUUUUAUAUAAAAACUAAUUUUUUUUAAUUAAAAAUAAUAUAAAGAAAUCAAAAAAAGAGGAUACAGAAGAAAAUCGUAAGGAAGAUUUUCUAUUAAAUAAAAAAAUAAAUAAGAGAAAAAAAAGGAUAAAUGCUGUUGA